GGUGCGGCGCUGCAGCGCUCUGCACUGCGGAGAAACGGCGAUCGGCUGGUGGGCGAGGGACAAGAGGGAGAGGUGCCCCGCAACGCGGGCCAUAGCUUCUCUCUCCCCCCUCCCCUCCCCCCCCUCGGGCCUGGGGAGGGGUUUCUGCCCUCAGCAGCCCGGCCAUUGACACCAGCAGCCCAGGCUGGAUCCCAGCUCCUGUGAUACAUGGACUCACUAACUCCGUGGUGAGUGAGUGCUCGCGCUCCAGCCGAUGCAGUGCCUAGUGGCAGCCACGCGGGACGAGGCAAACAUGAGUGGGGGAGGGGAGCAGGUCGACAUCCUCCCUGUCGCCUUUACGGUUAAAGACCGCUGGAAAGUGCUGAAGAAGAUCGGUGGAGGUGGGUUUGGUGAGAUCUAUGAGGCUACGGACCUGCUGAUUCGGGAUAAUGUGGCACUGAAGGUAGAAUCGGCUCAGCAGCCAAAGCAGGUGCUCAAAAUGGAAGUGGCUGUGCUCAAGAAGCUGCAAGGGAAGGACCAUGUCUGUAGGUUCAUUGGUUGUGGGAGGAAUGAAAAGUUUAACUACGUGGUGAUGCAACUGCAGGGUAGAAACCUGGCGGACCUUCGCCGGAGCCAGCCCCGGGGAACCUUCACCAUGAGCACCACCCUGCGGCUCGGUCAGCAGAUCCUCGAGUCCAUCGAAGCCAUACACUCUGUCGGCUUUUUACACCGCGACAUCAAACCGUCCAACUUUGCAAUGGGACGUCUUCCUUCCACCUACCGCAAGUGCUACAUGCUAGACUUUGGACUGGCACGGCAAUACACCAACACCAGCGGAGACGUCAGGCCUCCUCGGGCAGUUGCUGGUUUUCGAGGGACUGUUCGAUAUGCAUCUGUCAAUGCACACAAAAACCGGGAGAUGGGCCGGCACGAUGACCUGUGGUCGCUGUUCUAUAUGUUAGUGGAGUUUGCAGUUGGUCAACUUCCUUGGAGAAAAAUUAAAGACAAGGAGCAAGUGGGUUUGAUUAAGGAGAAGUACGAUCACCGGAUGCUGUUGAAACACAUGCCAUCCGAGUUCCACAUAUUCCUGGACCACGUCUCCACAUUAGAUUAUUUCACAAAACCUGACUAUCAGCUAAUAAUGUCCAUCUUCGAGAACAGCAUGAAGGAGCGAGCAGUCACUGAGAAUGAACCCUUUGACUGGGAGAAAGGCGGAACCGACAUCUUGCUGUCCACAAGCACCUGCACCCCACAGCUCCACACCAAGCAGACCGCAGCCAUGUUCGGGGUGAUUAACGUGACGCCAGUGCCAGGGGAGCAGCUCCGGGAAAACACGGAUGAUGUGCUGCAGGACGAGCACCUGAGUGACCAGGAGAACGCGCCGCCCCUGCUGCUGGGCCGGGGACUGGACACUCCGGGAGCCCCCCCCACUGGCUUCACCCUGGAGACUGAUGCCUGGGAUGAGACGGACAUCAACCGGAACAAAUUGCGCAUCAGCAUCAGCAAGUGUGUGCUGGAGGAGGAGCCCAGUCGGGGGGGGUGUCCAAGCUCACCGGGACGAGAUCGCCAGCCAUCACUCAGGUUCCGUCGGGUCACCAGCCCCGAGUCAGACAGGCUGUCGACAGCAGAUGUCCAGGCCGAGGGCCAGGAGAAACGAUCGCGGAUGGACUAUAUGGGAUCCCCGUCCAGACAGGCCUGCUCUUCACAGCAGGCACAGAUGCUGUCUGUCCAGACGGGGCAGAGGCAGGGAGAGCGGCCCAUGGAGGCCUCGGUGGAGCAUGAGGCUCUGAGCGCGGCUUUCCGAUCGGUGCCGCUGGCCGAGGAGGAGGACUUUGACAGCAAGGAAUGGGUCAUUAUCGACAAGGAGACGGAGCUCAAGGACUUUCACCCCGGGGCUGAAGCCAGCACAUCUGGGACCACCGACGAGGAGCCCGAGGAGCUGCGGCCCCUAGAGGAGGAGGCGGGCCGUAGGGACAGCAGCAGGCUGGGGGCUGAGGCGGCUGUCAGGCCCAAGACUCACGAAGGCUGGACCAGGGUGCUGCAGGCAGCCGAGGAGGAGGAGGAUGUUCUGGGACGAUGUCCGUCCGUGUCGGAGAGCAGGAGGGAGCUUCAACCUACCAGCCCCGGCCACUCUCACUCCCAGCUGUCACAGCCCGCACCCCGCAGCAGGAGACGGGAGUCAGAUCCCACAGGCCCGCACAGACCGGUGGCACCAUCCAAACCGGAGGAGCUGCCACUGAUCCCAGCGGUGGUGGUCGGGGAGCUGCCGUACUACAGCCGGGGACGAGGGGCUGGUAGUGCAGCGGGAAGGGAGAUAGAGGCCAGGGGAUCGGAAGCCCAAUCUCGGGCCCCCAGGGUGGACUUUGCCAGCGUGGUUAUAACUGCCACCUUCUCUUUACCGGAGCUUCCUCUGGCUUCAAAAGUAGAAGAUAGCGAGGAGGAGCAGGAGGAGGAGGAGGAGGAGGGGGAUGAAGAGAACGAGAACGAGGCCAAGGAGGAAGAGAAUGGGCAGAGCGAUUCCAGCAGCAACCUGAGCCAGAGGAGCAUCGAGCUGAGCCAGGAGGCCGCUCCUUCCACUCUCCUCGCCGAUGACCAGCGGGAGGACCAGGGACAGCCGGCGGCUGACGGGGACGUGGAGCUAGAGGAGGGCUCCAAGACCCUGGUGCUGUUUUCGCCCGGCGACAUCAGGAAGUCCCCGCUGGCCAAUGAUCUGGCCCCCGACCCCGACCUGGGCACCUUGGCUGCCCUGACCCCCCAGAGCGAGAGACCACAGCCACUAGGCAGCCAGCUGGACGUGUCUGAGCCUGGGACACUGUCCUCGGUGCUGAAGUCAGAGCUCAAACCCCCACCGUGUGCCACAACUGUCGCCGCCGCAGCCUCUUCACCAUUCACCAAGAUCGAACGGACCUUCAUCCACAUUGCGGAGAAGUCCCACCUGAACGUCAUGUCCUCCAGCGGGCAGCUCCUGCAACAUGACAGCUACGAGUUCUUCCACCAGGAGCAGCUCCUCCCCUGUCCUCAGCCCGAGGCCGAUUCCGAGGCCCAGGCUCCGGCUGGUGAUCUCCUCCCCAAGGAAAACAGUAGCUUCACCUCCACCGAGGAAGCCGAGCCCGAGACGGCUGCACUCACCACCACCCAGCCCAGCGCCUCCACCUCGGGGCUCGAACGCCGGCCCUCUCACGAGAUUGGCAAUGGAGAGCUUGAAGACCGCGGGGAGGAGGCUGCCCCCCACCCGGCUCAGGAACCACCCGAGGAACCAGACAGGGAGUCGCCCCCAGCUUCCCGGUUGAAGAGCCGGAUCCCGGAGGAGACUGGAUCGGAACACUCGCCGUCUCUCUCGCUCCGAGAACGCCGUGUGUGUAAGAGGACUAGGCAUCCCGCCCUGGCUCGACUAGCCAUGGAGAGGAGACAGAGCCAGCGUCUCCGCCUCCCCUCCCUCACCUCCUCCUCCGCAUCCUCCGGUGACGAGAGACGGGUGUCCGAGAGCCUGUCAGCCACAGGUUCCGAGGAGGACACGGGCUCCGAGGCGUCCAUCUAUAGAAGGGUACGGAAGGAGCAGGAUCUGGAGUCGCCAAGAGCCCGGAGCGGGAAGAGCAGGAUUCCCAGACCCGUUACUGCAGGGAAGGUGGAGCAGCCCAGCCUUGUUCCUGGGAGCUCAACUCCAGGCCCUACUCCAAGCAUGACAGACAGAAAGCCGGCGUCUAUACACAGGCUGCCGCUGUGUAAUGGUCCCGGGGCUGCCCGUAUUCCCAGCUAUAAGCAAGCCCCCUGGAGUCCCGCUCUGGCCCGGGGUGGCCUCCGGACCCUGAGCCCCCGGGCGGCUCCUCGCAGCCUGAGCGCAUCUCCGAGGAUCAAACCCGUCUCCCGGACUGACAGCCCCUCACCGUCCCGGCAUCGCCGAUCAGGCUUUCUCCCGAGCCAGCAAGGUGCCGGCCGCCAGCCUAGUCUCCCAGCCCCGGCUCCCCAGGACUCUGUGGCCGGAGAGCUCGCCUGCCGGACCUCGGGGACCAGGAGGAGGCCUCUCGCCCCUGGCCCGGGGAAGAACGAUCAGCCCCCAUCAGGCCACACAUAAUCCCCUCGCUGCCGGCCAGCGGUGGCUGCAGUCUCGUGCACAGCAUGAGCUGGCCCAGGACACCCAACAGGAAGCAGAGUGUCUCCGUGUUCAGCCAGCGUAGAAACCAGCAUCUCACUCAGCACCAGUGCCCCUCCCCCGCACCCGUAACACCGGCUCCAACCAGCACCCACCUCCCCAUCAUAGCCCCAGCAAACCAUGUGCUGACACCCGGCUAUGUUCAACUUUCACAGCAAGUUACAGCAAAGAAACCCGCCCUUCCAGCCUUGCUGGUGUCUGUCUCCACACGAGCCACCCAACCCACUACCACUCUCUUGCUCAUUCGCCCUCCCCCUAACAUACAACACGUACACUCUGUAAUACUCCUCUUCAAGCUUCUAUCAUAUUCCCUUUUAAAAUCUAUCUCAUUCCCUUCCAAAAGAACUGACCGACUCUGUACCCACUCGUUUGUGGCAGAUAAUUUCACAUUGCCACUACACUGUGUGUGAAGGUAUUUUUGCUAACUCAGUUUUGCCGUGGGUCAGCCUCAUUGGUGCAGUGUGCUAGUCUCAGCCUGGACUACAAUGGGAGGCUAUAUUGGCCUGGCCAUUACAGCGUUAGGGAGGGGAAAACUAGCCAGGGUUCCUGCUCCUAGUCCCUCUCCAGCAUACUGUUUUGGUUAUGUGUGUGUUGGCGGAGGGGGGUGGAGAGACGUCAAGCUUCGCUCUGACACCCUCUACAGUUACAGGAGCAGAGAGGUUACACCAGAAGCAGAGAGGUCAGAGGAGGAGUAGAGAGGUUACACCAGGUUUAGAGGUCAGAGUGGGAGCAGAGAGGUCAGACUAGGAGCACUGAGGUUACACCAGGAGCAGAGAGGUCAGGCCAGGAGUAGACAAGUCAGAGCUGGAGUAGAGAGGUUACACCAGGAGUAGGCAGAUCAGCGCAGGAGCAGAGAGGUCAGGCCAGGGAGAAACAGGUCAGAGCAGGAGCAGAGACUGACAGUCCAUAGUCACUGAGACCACCAAUCACUGAGACCACCCAGACCUGCUCUAUGCUCACGCGACUGAUUUCCACCUCCAUAAGCCAAUUGUAGCCGCACAAUUGAAGCCCACCUUCCCAGUGAAGUAGUUGCCAUGGUGCUGGGUGGGCUCUGGUCUUUGUCUCUGUUUUAGUUGGCUCCUGAACCAUCAAAACAACUGGAGCAUUUGAUCUAUUCAGAGGUUUGCUGGCACAGGGAGUGCAACCAGGCAGUUUACUAUGUAACUCAUUAAAUAUGCUUGCUCACAAUGACAGUGAAUGAAUAACUGACAUGAUUACUCACAACUCCAGGUGAGUGUGUAACUGACACUAUCACUCACAAUGUUGGGUGAGUGUGUAAGUGUGACACCAUCGCUCACAAUGCCAGAUGAGUGCGUAACUGACGUGGCUACAGAGUAAACCAUCUGGUCUCACUCCCAAUGCUCACAAUGCUGUUAAUGUGCAACAGUGACAUAUUUUCUCACAAUGCUGGUUAAAGAGUAUCUGUGACACACUUGCCCUCAAUAUUGGUGAGUGUGUAACUGAAGUGUGUAGUCACAAUGAUGGGUGAGUGUGACACUGACACACCCUGACAUUCCUGGGUAAGUGUAUGUUUAUACGCAUGAAAUUGCACCACUGGCGGAGGGGAAACUCGGGGGCUGUCGCAGUGAGAGGGAUAGAGGGAUCCAGGGAAUAUCAGGAAAAUUACUGCACAGAUAGGUGUGAGCCUACCUGUCAGACACACCUCAAACCCCAUUGCAACAAACAACUAUCUCCUGUCCACCACCUACUCUCUCUCCUGCUCCAUGCGCACUCAGGAAACAGCACUCAUUAGCUACAGUAGAGUGAGCAUCUAUCCAUCUUCACCCUCACCCCAGCCCAGAAUCAGGGUCAUCCAGAUGUAAUCGGGUUCGCUCCACUAGCCUGGCUAACCCAGCCCCCCCCCCUCUUCCGCCCAUUAUUGUAUGGCACCUGAGCAGGACUGGCACCAGGUCAGGAAGUGGCACCAGGGCAACCAUGCACAGGGGGAGGGUCUAACUGCUCUGACUGAUGACUGUGCCACAGAUGGUGAUUUGUACACUUGGGAGCUUCGAGAUGUGUCCCACUCAUUAAGCUUUCUACGGUCUGAUGCCUGGGAAGGGGGGGGGAGUUCCUUCCAUUGGGACAUGGGGUGGGCAUCUUAUAAUCCAAUGUAUCUGAAUCUCUCAGACUUUACAAAGCAGCUAUUCUAUGUUUACACCGCAAGUAGAAUGUACAGCAGCGUACAACGUUAUAACUGCAGAACUGCAUGGCGACAGUAGUGCCGAGGCGAGCGGCAUGCAUCCUUUUACUAUUGCAAGCAAGGAUGGAAUCAUCAGCCAUUCUGUCUCCUUGAUCUUGGGAUCAAGUCUUAAUCCAGCGCUGACCUCUUUGUAAAACACUGACACAUACAUAUACAUACACACGCACACUAUUUAAUAGAUUGUCUGAACAGAA